AGUUCAGAAUGUUAAACUGCUGUUUUCUUCUAGGCAACUACUGAAGACGGAGCUGGGCUCUUUCUUCACUGAAUACCUCCAGAAUCAGCUGCUGACAAAGGGAAUGGUGAUACUGAGGGACAAAAUGCGUUUCUAUGAAGGUCAGAAGCUAUUGGACUCCUUGGCAGAGACGUGGGACUUCUUCUUCUGUGAUGUUCUGUCCAUGCUUCAGGCUAUCUUCUACCCAGUACAGGGUAAGGAGCCGUCGGUGCGGCAGCUGGCCCUGCUUCACUUCAGGAGCAUUAUCACUCUGAACAUCAAGCUGGAGGACGCCCUGUCCCGCCCCCGCGCCCGUGUCCCCCCCUCUAUCAUACAGAUGUUACUGAUACUGCAG